UCACAGCAACAAGUAUAGUUGUCGACAAACAGCUCAUCCAAUCGUAUUUCAUAAUAAUAUACGGUGGGUCGGGUUAGUGGGGAGAGUUUAGGAUGGUGAACCACACAGCUGUUUUGCUCGAUUUCAAAGCAAGGGUAUGAUAAGACUAAAGGAGAAAUUAUAUUCUUAAUGUAACGAGCACUCUGGUAUGUUCCCGGAUAGAAACAGCGACAACUCCUUUAAAAACGAAGGUAGGAAUUCCAGCGUAUGAAAAACACUCUGUGAGUGAAGCACAAUCCUUCUCUUUUUUGGUAUUCCAACUACGAGCUCGAGUCGCUGGAGUUUGUAUAUGAUCUUGUUUAUUGGCCGACGCUCCCUAAUAAUUUUAACGCGUGUCACGCUGGUGGCUACAACUGGAAAAAAGACUUUUUACUGCGAGAAUCGGUCGAGAAAAUGGCACGAAUGGUGGAUGGAGAAACGUGGACGUAGAGCGUGCUUUUUCCAGACUCUUCGAAAUGGUCAUUUACAUUUUAAUGUAUUUUCCGGUGGAUGUAAUACAAAGGUCUUCCAUAACCUACUGAGGCGGAGAGCCGGAGAACGAAGGAAAGAGGGAUGUCUGGCCGUGCUGUGCCAUACAGAGUAGUAGGCUACAGUAAACACAGACACGCGCUUUGUCUGCGGAGUGCUUUUAUGUACAGUGACAUUUAAUAAAUACGUUUUUAAAAAUUGAUUAAUAAGCAUAAGGGCAAAUUCGCAUUGAUAGUACUGCGGAAGACAUGCUUUGAUUUUUAACGUCGAAAAACGGGAGUGAAUAGGCUGAGGAAGGAACAAGAGUUUACAAAGUUACGUUUACAUAUUUUGCAUCCGUAUAGGCUGCCUCUACUUCUGGUAUAAAUCAGGGAUUAGGCUACUUGGCUUUGUUGCAAAUACACAUUUGUUUAAUCGACUUUGCUUUACUGGUUGUCGAGAAAUGGAAAAUAGACUCUUAACAAAUGGAAAAUAAUUGCUAAUCUUCCAUUUAAACAAAACUGGCAAUAGGACCUGCGGUGAAAAUGGUAGAGAAGAGGUGUACGGUUCAAAGGGAAGGGGUGUACCGUUGGUUCUCCCAACUAAACUCCGCGCAGCGGGCGGAGUUCCUCUGUGGGCUGCUGGAUCUUUGCGUGCCCAUAGAGCUGCGCUUUCUCGGCUCCUGUCUGGAGGACCUGGCGCGCAAAGACUACCACUCCCUGAGAGACGCGGAGAUCAAAGCCAACAACCCGGCGGACCUGGCGAACCUGACCAACAUCACGGACGAGGUGGUGCGGAGCAAGCUGCUCAUCUCCCUCGCGCUGCUCAACUCGGACAACCGAGAGGCCGCGGGAGUCCUCUUCAGGACUCUAACACACAUCGACUCCAUCAUCAACAACUAUGGACUGCAGCUCAACGACGGCCAGACUGGAGACCAGUUCCUGCUCUUGUUCACCAUGGCAUCCAACCACCCAGCGUUCAGCUUCCACCAGAAGCAGGUACUCCGGCAGGGGCUCGUGCAGAUACAGGGCAUCCUGCAGACGACGUGCGGCGAGCAUCACUCCGGCGUAGGCAGCGGUGCGCUAGCCACCCUUACCUCCGCCAACACCGUCACCACCUACAUCACAGCCGCCACCCUCAACUCUUGUUAUGCCGGAUGUACCAGCUGCCAAACGGCAACACCCCAGGAGGAUGGCGCAGGUCGAGGAGAUGAGGGGAGUGCCGUCGACGCCUUUCCCGCUAUGCCAGCACAUUCCUGCCAGGAGCUGCCCGUCAAGGUGCAUGCUGGGAAAUCCAGCAAAGCCACCAUCGAGAGGAUAGAGUUGAAGGGGUUCAUGCAGAAGAGCGACAAACCCAGCGAGUAUUCCUUUGAGGUCCUGUGGUCGGACUCCACCGCAUCCACUGUGACGAGGACCGCCCAGGAAGUGACGGAGUUCCUCUCCAAGAUCUCACAGCUCUUCCCCGACGACAGCCUGGAGAAGUUCCUGCCCCAGUCCACUGGCCUGGACUCCGCCCUCGAACCCGACCCCAGGUGCCUGACGACACUCCCGCCUCACCUUCUGAAACGUGACCAAAUCAGGCAGUUCUUCAGUGUCGCCCCGGUAACCCUGCCCCCUCCCAGUGCCAAUCUUGCCUGUUCAUUGCAGUACAGAGGAGCCAACAGCCUACCGAGGCCCAUCUGCGGAGUGGCCAGCAUCCAGCCGGUCAUCAGCGGCCACUGCUCUCUCCAGCCCUACCCUGCCACGCCCCUCCUGCCCCCGGGGUCCGCCCCCGUCCUGCCCCUCGGCGUCGGGUCCGUGGGCGAGGGCGCCCUUUCCCAAACGCCGGGCCGGAACCCCGCCCCUCAGCCCCAGGCUGGCCCUGAGCAGAACGGGAUUCUGGAUUGGCUGCGCAAGCUCCGCCUCCACAAGUACUACCCGGUGUUCAAGCAGCUGACCAUGGAAAAGUUCCUUGCACUCACGGAGGAAGAUCUGAAUAAGUAUGACCUCACCCAGGGGGCCAAGAAGAAGCUGAAGACCCAGCUGGAGCUGCAGAAUCGGGAGAAGUCUGGAGAAAAGAAGUACGUGGUGUCACAGUUCCCAGGGUCCUGCGGUGGGGUUGCCCGGGUUACGCCUUCCAGUCACAUCAGCCCCGUGACGCCAGUCCACACCACCAGCAGCACAGAGCUGCGUGUAGAGGUGGAGACCGGCCCUCUCUCGUUCCCGCGCGACAGCAGCUCUUCCUCGGGGUACUGCAGCUCUCCCUCCAGCCCCAUGGCCCCCCUGUCCCGGGACGACGCUUACGAGAGAGCCAAAGACCUCCACAGAAGGCCGGAGUCCAGUUCGGAUGUGGGGGAGAAGGACCGCUCCUGCGUUCUGCUGAACCACACCAUGCCGGCCGGACCCAGCCGCCCCACCGCCCAGGUUCUGCCGGUGCAGAACGACCCCUCCCCCUCGCCCUCCCCCUACCACCUGCCCCUGCUCUCCCCCACCCGCAUCCUGAGCUCCCCCCGUAAGCCCCGCCCCCCGCCCCCUCCCCCGCUCACGCCCCUCCUGUCCUCUCUGUGCGUGGACGAGCGGGCCAAGCCGCCGGGACCGGGCGGGGCCGUGAGGCUGGAGGGGCGCUUCCUCGGCCUCAGCGUGGAGGUGGCCCCGCCCGGCCUGCAGGACGGCUCUGGCCCCGCCCACCAGGGGCCCCUGGCCGCGCUGCUGUCCCCGCCGGGGCCCAUGGUGGAGACCAGCGUGGCCCUCACCACCACCUCCAACACCCUGCAUCACGUCACGCACCCCCCUCUGCAGCUGCAGCUGUCCCCCUCCCUGCCCCCCGACCCCGCCCACCGCGCCCAGCACUACGCCCACUCCCGGCCGGGCGGCUUCCUCCCGUCGGCCAGCGGCGUCCCCAUGGCGACGGUCAGCAGCGUCCCCAUGGCGACGGUCUGCAGCAUCUCCGCGGCGACGGCCAGCAGCAGCGUCCCCAUGGCGACGGUGCCCGGCAACACCUACUGCGUGAGCAGCGGCGCCGUGGCGGCGGCCGGCGCGGCCCCUCCCAGCUCCAGCCCCGGCCCUGGCCCCGGCCCCGGGGCGGACGGCGCGCAGGCGAACGCGGCGUCCGUCUGCGUCUGCAGCUCCUGCGGCUGCAGCGGAAACUGCGGCUCCUACAGCGCGCUGCCCGCCAGCUACGCCGGCUACUUCCAGCACCCCUUCUCCGGCCCGCCCGUCUUCACGCUCGGGCCCCUCCUGCACCUCAGCCCCCGCCUGGCCGGCCCCCACCACCCCCAGCAGCACAGCGUUUCGGCCGCGCCCUUCUCCUACCCCCUGGUGGCCCCGCCCCUCUACAGCGGCAGCCUGCCCCACGAGACGCAGCCCGGCUUCGUCCUGCCGCCCAUGCAGGGCUUCCUCGGGGGCGGGGCCGGCGUGUACCAGCCCCAGGGCAUGCUGGGAAACGGCAGCUCGGGGCACAAGAAGGCGGGGAUCAUGUCUUGCUACAACUGUGGAGUGAGCGGCCAUCGGGCGCAGGACUGCAAGCAGCCGCCCAUGGACUCACAACAAGGAACAUUUCGGCUGAAGUACGCACCCCCAUCAGAUGGUCAGGAUUCGGGGGACUAGGCGGUAUUCUGUUGCCCUCCUGCCCCAACCCCCACGCCACAGUUUGUGUCUCAUCCCCCUGAGCUGCUGUGAGUGGGGGGGGGGGAGGGGGGUCACCCUGUUCACAUGGGUGUUGGAUCAAAUCUGAGAAACUCAAAAAAGUGGUCAGAACUCACGCAUAGACGCGCUGAGAGAGGGGUACACCUACGGAGGUGUAUGUGAAUGUGUGUGUAUCAGUUACGGCAUUUGUACAAUUACGUGUGUGUGUGUGUGUGUGUGUGUGUGUGUGUGUGAGUUUGCGUGUGUAGUGAGGCUUCCCUCUCCUCGCCCAGUGCGAUGACCUUUGACCCCGCUCAGGAAAUCUCUCGAUGUCAAUAUCAGAGCAAUCAAACAAACAAGAUGGCCGAUCAGAGCAAUCGAACAAACAAGAUGGCCGAUCAGAGCAAUCGAACAAACAAGAUGGCCGAUCGGAGCAAUCGAACAGACAAGAUGGCCGCCGGGAGCGCGCGCUCCUGCGAAGCAGCCCAGCCGGUGCCCCGCCCUGGUGACGGAAAGCGCACUGGCGCUCGGCGGCGAGAACGCAGCGCGCGCACUCCUUCCCCACAGACAACGGCAGUCCGCGCCUGCGGGCAUUGUCCAGCUACAUCCCAAAGACUCCCCCCCCGCCGGUUCGGGACAGCGGUGCUUUCCGGGCUCCCCCUUUCGAGUCACGCUACAGCCGUCUUUCACACGGCGCUUUUUCUACGACGAUGAACUUCACCUUCCCGCGGGCGCGCUGCGGCGAUCCCGCCCCCUUUUCCCCACACGCAGGGGAAGGCCGCCGCAAAACGUUAGAGACGAGCGUGAGCCUUAAAUGGCCGUUCCCUGAAGUGAGCGAGGCUUACGCAGGUGCGCGGUGUGUGAGGAGGGACGGGACGAACGAGGAAACCAGCACCGCCUGAUACAAAAUGGCGCCCGCAACAGUAGGCGCUCAUAAUGCUGCCGGAUGGAAUUUUUGUGCAAAUAUCUUCUCAUCUGUUUCAUAGUUGUUUUUUUUUUGUUUUUGUUUUUUAUAACUAAGAGACAUUUUAAUCUUGUUAAAAAUGUGAAACAAUCUGGGACCUCUUUUUCAUGAGGGAAAAGAUGCCAGAGUUUCAUAAUGCUAUGAUUGUAUACUGUAUGAUGUCUUUUGUUGGCCAUUUUGUAUUGUGUAGUGUCCUUAUUUUACGUCUGCGGCCAUCUUGUCUUUACUCUCUGAAGUCUAUGACUUGUGUAAUAAUCUCACAGGGAGUCAUAUCUCACAAAGUGAGGAUGAGGAGUAGAAAAGGGUGAGGAGAAAGAGCAGGAGGAAAGGUACUCCUGGCCUGGUGUUGGGGCAGGGGUUCAAAGGAAAAGCUCCUACCCCCUUCCCUACCCCCAAAACUAUUGUAGAUAAAGGAGUUGACCAGAAAAAAAAAAACUGGUACUGAUGGUGGUGAGCCUCUGGUCCUCCUGAUUCUGUUCCAAAUAGGGUGAUUUUGUUAUGUGAUGCAAGUCUGUCUUCCUCCAACGGGCCACAGAGCAGUGCAGUGCAUUGUGGUCCUUGUGGUUUUAAGUUCUCUUGGAUCUGUGUCUUUAUGCACUGACCUACAUUAAGGUCUCUGGGUUAAUGCACACCUGCACAGACGCUAACGCUAAUGCAACAGGGCAAUGGCCACAUUAUAGGAAGUCAGAAGUCACAUGACUGGAAGUCACAUUUGCCUAGGUCUGGAAGGGCAAGCCCAGAAUGUCCCCUGUGAGGGUACUCAUACUAAUGAACAUGCCGGACUCAGUACCAGCAUUUAAUGUGCAAUGCAAAACUGCUGCAAACAAUCAAACCAGAGGCAGCUGGACUAGAUUUUCUAGUGCUGAUGACACUAAAGGGACAGGAGUGACAUGAGGAAGGAAAGACGAGAAGGAGAAUUUUCAGCCUCUGAAACAGGUCUGCUAGGGUCUUCCAUUUCUAGAGGAGGGCUCCCCCUAGAGGAGAACUCCUCCCCCUACACACUAUGCUCACUUUGCCACGUGCCUCUCCUGUUUUUCAUGCCUAAAGGCUUACAUAACACACCAUAUAUUUGCCCUGCUUGUAGUUACUCUUGAGCUCUGAAUGUCAGCACGUCUUGGUGAGCAGCCAUUGGUUGUUUUCUCUCUGCCCCACGGAGUAGGGGUGGGGACAGGAAGAGGCCUCUGGGUCUUAGUGAGUUUGUUGGUGUUUUGAGCCCUCAGCUUUGACUUCCAAUUUUUUUUUAGAAACAAAAGAUACAAGAGGGCAUGGGAGAGUGAGUGAGAUAAUUAAAUCAAAUUAGUUUACUACCCCGUCUCCCCGAUCCCCUUCUCUGAUUGGAUCAUUUAGUUCCAUUGACUGAAGUGGCCAACAUGCCUGAAACAGGAGGGUGUGGAAAUAACACGGGUAAGAAAGUAAAGGGAGUCCAGGUGUCUCUGACCUCACACAGUGCAGCCUGCUUUCUUCAUUGCCAGUAUUGUGCCCAGGUCUGUAUUACUGUGUUAACACAGCAGUUGCCAGUGUUCCUACUGCACAGCACAGCACAGCACAGUGUAAAUACAGAAGUGCCUGUGUAGGAGUCUGGACUGUGCCAUACAGUAGUUACGUUCCUAAUGCAAUUUCAAGGCGAAUUUUCAGGGGAAUGCGAAAAAAACAGUUCUCUUGCGCCAAACACACGUGUUUCAAAUUACUUUUCCUGGCGUAACAAUAACAGGCCGCACCUACUGCAGUCAGUAAUUACGUGACUAAUCAUUUUCACACGUGAGAAAACGUCAAAGACGGGGUAAGUUUUGAGCAAACUGAAACUGUUUCCAUUUGCCUUACUGUUUAUUUAUAGCAAUCUUUUUGCAUUUAGCCAACCUGUCAAAACUAGCGUUGAGUCGUAACAGUGCUAUUUUCUUGGCACGUUAAAGAUAAUUGUAAACCGACAUUCACACGUAGCUAGCGAAAACGCAACCGGUGUAGAUGCCUCGCGGGCUCUUUGGACAAAGUCUCGAUCAUCUUCUCACCCAGUCACCUCGAGGUAGCAACGCUCGGCACGCGCGUGGCGUGUCAAUUUUGUAUAAUAGUGUUUUCAAUAUCUGGCGUUUUAAACAGUCCGACGUGAGUUUGAAUGAGGAACUUGAGACUUGGAACCUCUCGUUUCAGAUUUAAUUAUUUUCAGUCAGGUUGCAUGUAGCCUUCUAUUGCUUUUUGUGCAUUAAAUACAAGUUUUUAAGCGAUAACAUGCAGCUGAUUUGAAGUGUAAAUCUUUUGUAUUUUAUUACUCAAUGUUCAAACAAAAUGUUUGUUUUUAUAUAUUGUACAAAAAAAGUAAGAAAAAAAAAUUAAAUGCUGAAAAAUAUUCCUCUGGAGUUCAGUUAAUUUGUGUUUCUGGCAUGCAAUUUAGAAGGGACAAACACCAUCCAGGGGAAGGGCACACCUGUAUUGUCAGUUAUUUAAAUGGCGUUCCCUUUUAAAAAAAUCAUUAAAUACAUUCUGUUCCACAAGUAUUCUAUAGUGAAGGAAUGGUGUCGGUAGCAGUUUGGAUGUUGUCGAAUCCCAUCUGUCUCUGUGUUUAACUGCCUGUGAAUUUUUCAGGGUAUAGCUCCUCCAUAUUUCUGUGCCGUCUUUGCACCAUAAAAUUGUGUACACUCCA